AUGCUACUUAAACAUGCUUUAAAUUUAAAGUUAUCGAAGGUACGAAUCCAAAGCUUUUCAAACAUUACAUUUUACGAAGGAUGUUUAAAAAGUAUAUUAAAAAAUAUGCGCAAACCCGGAAUCGAACCGGGGGCCCAACGAUGGCAACGUUGGAUUUUACCACUAAACCAUUUGCGCUUGAAACUGAUUUCGCCCAGGAUCGAACUGGGGACGUUCUGCGUGUUAAGCAGAUGCCAUAACCAACUAGACCACGAAACCAAUUAUUAG